AUGACCCCUGGACUGAUGGGAACGUGGGCCCUAGUUAGGAGUCGCGUCGCCACAUGCCUCAGCUGGCUUGUGAUCGCUGCUCCCGGCGAAAGGAGCGAUGCCUCUUCGAUGACGGGGCGCGAUCAUGCCAGAGAUGCUCUCAGAAGAGUGCCGUGUGCUCGUUCAACCGCCAUCAGCGACGCAUGGGUCGUCGCCCGCGACCUCCGAAUAUGCCCUCUGGACGAUGCGACGUCAACGGGCUGCACGCCAGCUGAGCCAAGGUACACAGUGCCGGACAGUGAAACAGUGGCGUUGUCGACGGCGCCCUCGAACGAGGCAUACGCGGUGCCGCAGCGGCGACGUGGUGACGGCGGUGACGACGAUGACGUCACCGAUAACGGGACCAAUAUCAGUGCCAUUAUAGACGGCAUCAUGAAUGACCCCAUCGUCUUCUGUCGGUUCCACGAGAACUUCACCAUCGGGCGCAGCUUCACCGCCGACUUCCAGGCCGCCGUGCGCGCCGUCGCCCCCUUUGCCAACGGCAUCCUGAUCGACUCAUACCGCGCCUCCCUCAACAUGUGGGAGGUGGGCACGCGUCGGGUCCGGCUUCCCAGCGAGGGCGACGUGUCCUCUGGCACCGACUGCCUGCGCCUCCUGCAGGACGCGGGCUCGUCUACCAAGUGCAGCGAGGACGCCGCCGCCACCCUCAUGGCCGGCCAGGUGCUCCUGGUUCACCACGUGGCCAUGAUGUGUACAUCGGCACACUCGAUCCUGCGCAGCUCGCUGCUGGCCGUCGAGCCCUUUUACCGCGAUCUACUCUCCCAGCCGGCCAUGGAUACCAUCACCAUCACCCCCAUCCUCGUCGACACGAUCGAGUCGCUUGUCCGGCGCGAGUCACCCAUCAUCAGGACGUCCUUGUGCGACCGGUACUACAUUGUCGACCGGUCCGUCGGGCUCUGCUGGUCGCUGCUAUCGCUCAUACAGGAGCUGUGCGACUGCAGCGUACGGGUACGGGAGCAGGGGACGAUGGCUAGUCGCCCAAGCAGCGAUGACGACGGCCGCGAUGCAUACACUGACAUCGAGGCCAAGAUUCGCCGGUGGGAGGCCUGGCCGCCCCCAGACGUCUUCUCCCGCUUCACAGCCCUCGAGGUGACGGCCAUGCUGCUGCAGGCACGACUGUACCGGAUCGCAACGCUGCUCAUCAUCCACCGCCUGCGGUACCCUCUCGGCGUUCGCGACGAGGAGGCCCUCGUAGGUGCCAACAUGAUCUUCUCGGAACUCAAGAGCUUCAUGUCGUGGGCGCCCAGCGACCUGAGGGCCCUACCCAUCGGACUGCCCCUGCUCGUAGCCAUGCUGGAGAUCAAGGAGCCUGGCGAGGGGAUAGUGGGUCAGCUGGCCUUGUUUGAGACGUAUCCCCGGUACGUCAGCGAGUUCAUACGAUUUGUCGAUCUCGUAUGGGAUGCUCGGAAGGGCGGGUUUCGCGGACCAUGGGUGGAUCUGGCGGCGCAGUUCCAGAUGCCCAUGCUACCAUGA